GUUCUGGAGCGCUGACAUCUUGAUCAACCUGAACACAGCUGUUUAUAUCAAGGGCAAGCUGGUCCUAUCACGACGACAGAUCUUUUGGCGCUAUUUCAAGACCUGGCUCAUCAUGGAUGUUGUCUUGGUAAGCCUGGACUUCCUCAACCUCGGUUCGGACUUUGAAG